AUGCAGAUCAUCAGAGCAAUUGUGGCGUCACUCUCGCUAGCUACUCUUGCAUCGUGCACGGACACACCAAGCAGCUCCGGUGCUGAGAGAGUGGUUCAAAUCGUUCAAGUCGGCGAUGCGAACGGCACUCUGAAGUUCUUCCCUGAGAAGAUCAAAGCAGAUGUUGGCUCAGUGGUGCAAUUCCAGUUCUAUCCAAGGAAUCAUACCAUCACAGAAUCCUCCUUUGCAGCUCCCUGUAUUCCAAUUGCUGCCAAUCUCACCACCCCUGAACGUCCUGGACAGAGAUCUGGCUUUGUGCCAGUCACGGCGGACGCUCAGUUUCGACCCAUCUACAACUUGAUUGUGAAUGACACCAGGCCCAUGUGGAUUUUCUGCGGCCAGCAACCUCACUGUAUCAGAGGCAUGGCCAUGGUCAUCAACCAGAACGAAACAGACCCAGCGAAGACGCUAGAGAAGUACAAGGAGGCAGCUGCACUGUUGCCUCCACCACCUGGAGCUGCAGGCAGCUCUGCAGCAUCCAGCGCACCUGCGACUGCAGCACCCAGUGCGGCGAGUAGCGUAAGCACGGUGACACCACCAUCGGCAACCGUAACUGCUGGGCCAAGUCUCUCUGCUUCUGCAACGAGUGCGGCUGGUGCUCUAGGCGGAACAACAAGCGCAAGCAUCGCGACAUUCACUGGUGGUGCAGGAACGCAAAAGAUGCCCGCCAUGGUAAUGGUCGGUCUCGUUGUCGGUGCCAUGGGUGCUGUAUUGUAA